UUUUUACUAUUGAGUAGAAACGAAAAAAAAAAUUAUAACUCUAAAUUAUGUUAACAUAAACUUCCUAUAAACGUAUUUAGUACUUUGAAGUUCGAAUAAAAUUAUAAACAAGAAAAUGAUUUUUACUAAAUUACUCAGUUUAUUUUUUGUAAACUUCUGCGUGGCAAAUUAUUUCAUAAAUAUGCAAUGUAAUUUUUCAGUGUAUUUUUUAAAUUAUUUCAAUCAUAAUAAACGUUUUUUACAAGAACUGAGUGUAAAUAAAAAUAAUUACAAUGAAUUUGAUGUAAUAACAUAUGGUGCUGCUGUACAGACUCACGGUGAAAUUGUUAUGGUCAUGUUAGAUGUUUUAAGAAAAUUCAAUUCAAGAAAUUAUUCAAGAGAGUUAAUGACAAUCAAUUUAUAUUUGAAUAACGUUUCAAAUACUCUUGACAUGAUUGGUAAAAAUGAUGAUGGCACAUUUGAUUAUUCAGACAACACAUCAAACCUAAUAAAAGGAUACACGAUAAUGCAUCUAUAUAUUGAAGAACAAUUAGAAAAAUUUAUUAAAAAAAUGUGUUCUAAUGAACCUUUAGAUGAAGAGUUUGUUAAAUUUCCAUAUUAUAAUACAUGUGAAGACUUGCACCCAAAGAACCUACAAUAUAUAACAGAAAAACUUAAAAAUAGAAUAUUCGACAAGAAUUUGCAUACUAAUAUAGAACGGAAGAAUAGAAAAUUAAAUAAUAAUUAUGUACUGAAUGAAUUAAUAUCAGCCAUUAAUCGAUGCAAAUACGAAGAAUUUCAUCCAAAAAAUUUACUGUUUUACGAUUUAAUGACAAACCAACAUGACUUUAUUGAGAACGGUGUUAAUCAAAUAAAAAAAUAUCGAAUAAUAAAAGAUGGACAACCGGAACAUAUUUUAGAUCUGCUCCGAUUUGCCCCUUUAAUUGAAAAAUGCUCUGAUGGAAGUACUUUAACAGUUUUGGAUGUGUUUCGAUACGUAAAAUACAGUUUUGAAAGACUAAAUAUUAAAUGUUUUGAAAUGUUAGUACAAAUUGCAGCAUUACAUCCUAUAAUAACAUUUAUACAAUAUUACAAUUCAAUAUUUGUUAACUCAAUUGAUGUUAAUAGAUUUAGCACUCAUCAUGAAAAAGCCAAAACUUUUUAUGAAAAUAUGAUUAAUUUAGGCUAUACAUUAAUUAUACAUUUACAGGACUUUAUGAAUUUGAAAAUGUUUGCAGAUUUUGUCAUACACGACAUAGAAUGUAUACUAUCAGUGGUUAAAAGUUUAUUGAUUCUGUUUAAUCAAAAAACUAUAUCGCAAUUCAAUGAAAUGAGCGAAUUACUGUCCAAAAAAACAAAAAAAAUAUUAAAAGUUAAUAAAUUGGAUUACAGCUUUGAGAUAGUAAAAUUAGACGAAAAUAAUAUAGAAAUAUUUUACGACAAAUUAAUUAAAAAUUUUGAUCAAAUAAAAGCAUAUACAGUAGAAUUAGAAAAACAUAAGAACUCAUUUUUUGUUGUCAAUAAAACAAUGAAUAAAAAAUUCUUUGCAUUUCAUAACAGCUCUCACUUUUUAAAAUCUAAAAUUAAAGAUCGUAUGUGUGAAGACAAUAUUUAUACUUCAUUAAAUAAAAUAAACUCGAUUCAUAGUGAUAAAAAUGUUAAUGAUGUAAUUGAUUAUGAUAGCUAUGACUUCAGUAAGAAAAAUGAUGAAAUAAAAACUGUCGAAAGUCACUAUGAUGAUGAAUUUGAAAAUAAAGAAGAUAAAAUAGAUAACUCAAAACAUUUUCCUGAUUAUAUGAUUGAUUAUUUACUUUUUAGAUGAAUCUAUUAAUUAAUUAUGACUCAGAAAUUUUUGAUAAAUUUAAUAUUAAUAAGACUAUUGUAAUCAACUAAAUUUACUAAAUUAAUAAUCUGAAUAAAGACGAUAAAGUAAUAUAUUAAAUACAAUUAAAAUAUCAAUCU